AUGUUGUUAUUUUUACUGGCGACAGUCCAUUCGCUCGACUUUAACACAUGGUACACACUCCACAAUAAAAAAUACCAAGCAGUCGAAUUUCUGAGGCGAAGAGCUAUAUUUGCACAGAACGCAAGAGUGGUCUCAAAACAUAACGCACUCCAAAGCACUUUUAAAAUGUCGUUGAAUGGCCCAUUUGCUGAUAUGACAAAUGAAGAGUACUUGAAAGUCAAUCCAGUGCUUCCUCUGCCUCUUUCAGAGGAAACCCCAAAGAAAAUUGGAACGAAAAGAACAAUGAAAAAAGACCAAAAGAAUGUUGACUGGAGAGAUGCCCAUAUAGUGACAAGCGUGAAGAACCAACACGAGUUUAGUGACUGUCACUCGUGUUAUUCAUUUGCUUCAGUGUCCACUUUAGAGUCGUUGUAUCUUCAAGAAGGCUUCACUAAAUACACUGUAGACACAUUGGACCUCUCGGAACAACAAAUCGUUGAUUGUGCUAAAGGCAGUCUUGGGUGUAAAGGUGGAGGAACAUUUGCGUUGACGUUCAACUACAUCAAGAAGGAUGGUGUUGGUCUCGAGAAAGAUUUUCCGUACACUGGUAUUGAUGGAGAGUGCACAUACACAAAAGCCAAUAAAGUUGUUGGGAUCUCAGGAUAUACAUCUCUCGAAAUUAAUGAAGACGUUUUGACACAAACACUCGAUGAACACCCCGUUGGUGUGUGUGUUGAUGCCACACACGAUUCGUUCAAAUUGUACGAAAGUGGUGUUUACGAUGAACCAAGGUGCCGCAAAAUCAUCGACCAUUGUAUGGCCGCUGUUGGGUAUGGGACAACUGAAGACGGUGUUGAGUAUUACUUGAUCAAAAAUUCAUGGGGGACCAACUGGGGCGAAGAGGGUUACAUUCGAAUGUCGAGGAAUAAAGAUAAUCAAUGUUCCAUAGCAAGUGCAAGUGCUUUUCCAACUGGUCUAAAAGAGUAUUAG